AUGACUUGUCAAAGGUGUUUCCAGAAGGGACAUAACAAGAAGUUUUGUACUAAUCCCCAAGUUGAAAAACCUCCUAAGAAUCCAAGAGGGAGGCCAAAGAAAAAUCCAGGACCACAAUCAACCCAAGAGGAAGUUGUUGAAGCUGGGAUUGUGUUUCUCUUAUGUGAUGGUAUUUGGUCAUUUCUUAAAUUUUCUUCUGUAUGUGACUCUUGCAUUUGUCUUCUGAAAGAAGGGUGCAUCUCAUUCCUAGAAAGGAUGCAAGUGGGUCAAGAAGCAAAGCAAGUGGAUCAGGAAGCCAAGGUACUAGGAAAAGCAAAAGAGUUGAAAGUAGGAGUUCAAGAAGGAGUUCAAGACUGA